UUACUUACUUCCUCCUUACUGAAACAGGAGAGCAUUUGACAAACUGGUUUAACCUGUUGCUGCGUCCAAACCAAUCUUAACCUAGUCCACUUACUGUUACUACUAUUUUAGGACUUCUGGUCACUCAUGCCUGCAGUGAAAUGACAGACUGGGGUACCCCUUCAAACAUUGGCUACCAGCGAUGGAGAGACACAGACAGUGUGCUAUUUAGGCCUGGAAGAAGCAGGCUGUCCUCCACCACAGAGGAAAAUUGUGGAGAUGACGAGCUUUAUGUUCAAGGUGUGCCGACAGUCCUGGAGCAGGUAGAACUCGGGGAUGGACGACAACCUGUGACCAGGAGACAAGACAAUGACACAAUUGAUUCCUUCACCGUGGAGGAUGCUGUGGAGGCCAUUGGGUUUGGAAGGUUUCAGUGGAAGCUUUCUAUGCUCACUGGAAUAUCGUGGAUGGCUGACGCCAUGGAGAUGAUGAUCCUGAGUAUCCUGGCUCCUCAGCUCCACUGUGAGUGGAGGCUGCCCAGCUGGGAGGUGGCCUUCAUCACAUCCGUUGUCUUCAUAGGAAUGAUGCUCAGCUCAUCCUUAUGGGGGAACAUCUCUGACAAGUACGGGAGGAGAGUGGGACUGAUACUGUGUAUGGUGUGGACGCUGUACUAUGGUUUACUGAGCGCCUUUGCUCCAGUGUACGGCUGGAUUCUGAUCCUGAGAGGCUUGGUGGGCUUUGGUUUAGGUGGAGCUCCACAGUCGGUUACCCUAUACUCGGAAUUCCUUCCAUCCAAGUCCAGAGGCAUCUCUAUAAUGCUGAUCGAGGUGUUCUGGGCACUGGGUGCGGUGUUUGAGGUGCUGUUGGCCAUGUUGGUGAUGCCCACCCUAGGGUGGCGCUGGCUGCUGGCUUUCUCCACAGCACCUGUUGUGGUAUUUACCGCACUGUGUUUUUGGCUUCCUGAGAGUGCCCGGUAUGAUGUACUGGCUGGCAACAGUGACAAGGCUCUGGCCACUCUGAAGAGGAUAGCAGCAGACAACGGGACAGAGAUGCCGAAGGGGAGGCUCAUAGCGGACAGACAGGAUGAACGUGGUAAGAUAAAGGACCUCCUGACUCCUGAGUACCGCAAGACUACUAUACUGCUUUGGCUUAUCUGGUUCUCCAAUGCUUUUGCAUAUUAUGGUCUGGUCCUACUAACGACAGAGCUCUUCCAGGCAGGUGACAUAUGUGGAGUGAACACAGCCAGAGCCAAAGUAGAACCGAGUUGCAGUUUAGAGUGCUCCUACCUCACAUUCGAUGACUAUAAGGACCUCCUUUGGACGACCCUGGCUGAAUUUCCAGGCCUGUUGGUAACCCUCUGGGCGAUGGACUGUAUUGGUCGAAGGAAAAGCAUGGUAAUGUGUUUCGUGGCAUUCUCUGUGUGUAUCCUGCCCCUCUACGCCUGCAUUGGGAGGACAGCUCUGACAGUUUUCAUCUUCAUUGCGAGAGCUUUUAUCACGGGUGGAUGGCAGGCAGCAUACGUCUACACACCUGAGGUUUACCCAACUGUAAUAAGAGCUGUUGGCAUUGGAACCAGCAGUGGCUUUGCCAGAGUUGGUGCUCUGCUUACCCCGUUUGUGGCACAGGUGCUGUUGAGGUCAUCUGUUUACCUGACACUGUCCGUGUACUGCGCUUGCUCUUUACUGGCCGCAGUGGCAGCUUGGGCCCUGCCCAUAGAGACAGCAGGCCGAGCCCUACAGGAGUCCAGUCAGCUUAAUAACAACAACCAGGACACAAACACAUCCAGUCCGCAAAAAGCCUCUCAGGCCAGCUAUGGCUCCCAGAACGGCCAAUCCCAAGGGCCAUGAUGUGGGAUCAUGUUUAUAAAUCCUCUCUUUCGUUAUUCCUCUGCUCUACAUCCUGGUCCAGUAGUUGGUGAUGACAGUAUGGACUGGAGAACAAACAAUUCUGGGAACAUUAGUGACACUGCUGCUGUGCUAGUCAUAGGCAGAUGAUCAGAGGUUGGACAUAUGGUGAUCAGAGAUUGGUGUGGAUCUUUGCCAGACUGAAUCUGUAUCUAUUCUAGAAUGAGUUUGUAUCUGGACUGUGAUAUUGUACUUGACACACAUACAUUGCACAGCAUACUGUGGUAUGCCUCUGAUUUAACUGGUCUAGCCGGUAUGACUCUUCACUUGACUCACAGAACAUUCAGAACAUUCAGUGUUAUUCUUAUUCCAAAUCUUCUGUUUAUUUAUUUGUGUUCUGUUAUGAUAUUAAAUGAAGUCAAACUUAGAAACAUUGACACUAGGGUAUGCAUUCAGCUUUCAGUAACGUUGUUGUUCCUGUUUACAACGACACAUUAAAACCACCCUCAAUCCAUAGGGAGUAGGCCUACACAUUCUGAUAGAACAUGCCGUACCUAUAAGUAACUUUGAGAGUGUCUGCUCAAUAAAUCUAUAUAAAUGUAAUGCAACAACAAAAAAACAAACAAAAAACAUUUUGGAUGUGUUUCGUAACUGACAUUGCUUUCUUAGCCAUGCAGCACUUUGGCCUAUUACCGAGACGCUAUAUGAACAAUUUUCGCUUCAGAAGUUUUCCAACAAAUCCUAUAAACAACAUAGGCUACUGGCGUUCUAACCAAU